GGUAAGCAAAAUGGCGGCGGCGUGUUAGCUGCGGCGGCAGGGAGGCAAGGAGAGGGCGACGUUGGUUGGACGUUGGGGGAGGAAGGGGAGCAAACAGCGCCCCCCAACGCUGCACCUAGGUGGGGAGGCGACCCCUUUCCCUCCGUAAGCUCGGUUGGAGGGAAGCAUACGAGAGGAGCGGCUUCCUUUUCCCGGGUCUGCCUGCCUUGUCUUGCCUGUCUCUCAGAUGAGUGAGACGUCGCGGCCUUCCUUUCUUGAAGUGAGGGGGGAGCCUUAGGGAAGACCACCCCCCACAUUGGGGAGAAGCCCGUCCCUGUCGUGACUUCGUGAGGCGAGGGAGUGACAGGGAGGUCGAGGGGGUUUUAUUUGGGAAAGAGGGCAGUUAUAUUUCCUGCUAAGCUGGGUUAUGGCAAAAAGAGAUGUCUCGCCGCCUUAAUCUUGGGGAAAGGGAACUUACUUAAUCUGAAGAAGUGUUGUUGAAGAUCUCUUAAUCACAUCCAGCCCCGUUUAUGGUGGGUCCGUAGUACUGGGAAAACUGAGUAAGGUUUGCACUGCCUGCCUGCCUUGAUAUCUGAAACAGUGGGGUGGACACAUCAUGUGUCAGGUAGACCCCAGGUGGUUGAAGGAUGCCCCUUACUAGAUACAGAAGGCCUCGAACCUUUGUCAAGGGUGAAAAAGAAGCAGUUAAAAUCAGUAUUGAAAAUUCCUCUAAAGAGACUUGGUUUCAGCUUCCCAACGGCUGAAAGGAUCCUUCACGCAAGUUGUACCUGGGUGGCGAGAGCAGAAGUUGCGUCUCGGAUUUUCCACAUCACACUUUGGAAACAAGAGCUGUCGUUUCUUGCUCAGCAAUGGCACACCCCUAAAAAAUAGCAAGUCUGUUGUUUUUAUUUCAAACGUGGACAGUCUUUUGAAGAUGACUUAGGUCUCAAGGGAAAAAAAAGUUUGGACUUAACUAAGGAAGACAAACUGAUUUCAGAUACUUGGAGUAGCAGGAUAAGAUCAAAAAGUUAAAGCUAAGUGUAAAUUGAGCUGCAUUGAUUUCUCUUCCCCCCCCCUCUCUUUUAAAAGAGGCACUGUAAGUUGGAAUGUGGUGCUGGAUCUCUGUAGGAUCCCUCUAAGUUGAUGGAAAAGUUCUCAUAGGUUUUUAUUUUUCAUUUUAAGUUAAAACUGUACAGUCGUUUGGAAAAUUCUUACUUGCCUCCACCGAAACUUUUUUUUUUCCACUCAAAGAUUUUGGACACAAAAAAAGUAUUGGAUACAUCAGGAACUGGAUUUAUAACACAUUUUUGCUUAGGGAAAAACAACAAGAUGGAUCUAGAGGAGUCUCAGCAGUUGGGCAUGUUUGUGGAAGGUGAAUUGAUGUCAGUGGGCAUGGACACGUUCAUCCACCGAAUUGACUCUACAGAAGUGAUCUACCAGCCGCGGCGGAAAAGGGCCAAACUCAUAGGCAAAUAUCUGAUGGGGGACCUGCUUGGGGAAGGGUCUUAUGGCAAGGUCAAAGAGAUGCUGGACUCUGAAACUCUCUGUAGGAGAGCUGUCAAAAUCCUUAAGAAGAAGAAGCUGCGACGGAUCCCCAAUGGAGAAGCUAAUGUUAAAAAGGAAAUACAACUCCUACGGCGGUUGCGGCACAAAAAUGUGAUCCAGCUAGUUGACGUGUUGUACAAUGAAGAGAAGCAAAAAAUGUAUAUGGUGAUGGAGUAUUGUGUCUGUGGCAUGCAAGAGAUGUUGGACAGCGUUCCUGACAAAAAGUUUCCAGUCUUUCAAGCGCACGGGUACUUUUGCCAGCUUAUAGAUGGCUUGGAAUAUCUGCACAGCCAGGGCAUCGUACACAAAGAUAUCAAACCGGGAAAUCUUCUGCUAACAACCAAUGGGACUUUAAAGAUAUCAGAUUUAGGUGUGGCAGAGGCCUUGCACCCAUUUGCUGAGGACGACGUGUGCCGAACCAGCCAAGGGUCACCAGCUUUUCAGCCUCCAGAAAUUGCCAACGGCCUUGAUACCUUUUCUGGCUUCAAAGUGGACAUAUGGUCAGCCGGUGUCACACUGUACAAUAUUACAACAGGCCUUUAUCCCUUUGAGGGAGAUAAUAUUUAUAAAUUAUUUGAAAACAUUGGAAAAGGAGACUACGUAAUCCCUGAGGAUUGUGGCCCUCCGCUUUCGGAUUUGCUUAGAGGAAUGCUUGAAUACGACCCAGCCAAGAGGUUUUCAAUACAGCAGAUAAGGCACCACAACUGGUUUCGGAAAAAGCACCCUCAGUGUGAGCCUCCCAUCGCCAUCCCGCCCAGCCCGGAGACGAAGGAUCGGUGGAGGAGCAUGACGGUGGUGCCUUACUUGGAAGACCUCCAUGGUUACAACGAGGAGGACGACGACGACUUAAGAGACGACUACCUAGAGGACGAGAUCAUUUAUACUCAGGACUUCACCAUGCCAGGGCAGGUGCCUAACGAGGCGAGGCAGAACGGACAGAGCUGCACCCGGGGGCUGCCCAAACCGGUCUGCAUGAAUGGGACGGAGUCCGGGCAGCUGGUCAGCAAGACGAAAGCCGAGCGGCGGGCCAGCGCCUCCUCCAACCCUUCCCGCAAGGCCUCUUCCGCCAGCAGCAAGAUCCGCAAACUCUCGACCUGCAAGCAGCAGUGACCCCGGCUGGACCGCCCACCACGAUUGUCGGCUGCCCUAAAGCCGGAUCUCCUCCAUUCUACCCAUCCACCUGUAGCAGAUCACUUGUAGAACAAGCUUGCAAUCAAACAAAGA